AUGGCGGACAAUGAAUAUGCGCCAAAAUUUGCGCCGUUCUUCUCCUUUGCAGGAGUAGCAGCCGCGAUGAUCUUCGGGUCAAUCGGCGCGGCAUAUGGAACUGCCAAAUCAGGCAUCGGUAUUGCGGGCGUUGGACAAUAUAGACCAGACUUGAUCAUGAGGUCACUGAUCCCUGUCGUCAUGUCCGGUAUUAUUGCCGUCUACGGUCUGGUCGUCGCAGUCCUUAUAGCCAACGCAAUGAAUCCUCCUCCAGGUCAAAAUACCAGUCUAUACACGAGCUUCAUGCAUCUUGCAUCUGGCCUUUCAGUCGGCCUGGCCGGAAUAGCCGCUGGAUAUACAAUUGGAGUUGUGGGAGAUGCUGGUGUUCGUUCGUACAUGCAACAAUCCCGUGUCUACGUUGGAAUGAUUUUGAUCUUGAUUUUCGGAGAAGUCUUGGGACUUUACGGUUUGAUUGUCGGUCUGAUUCUCAACUCGCGCAGCGGCGGUUAG